AUGAGGAGAAUAACGGGAAAGGCGAAGGAUGAAACUUUGAUCGAGCUCCAAGGCACCACGGACUCACAGGCCACAGAUGAAAACAAUGGGAAUGGUCUCAGCUCAAUGUCUGACCGGACACCACCUGGAGAGACAGAAAAUCUUCGGCCAAACAAAGACACAGUGUUCUUCAGGGACGGGCUGAGAAGAAUCGACUUUGUUUUGUCCUAUGUGGACGACAAAGAUGGAGAGAAGAAACAGGAAAGGAGGAAAGAGUAUGAAGCCAACCUUGAGAAAAUUGGCCUUGAGCUGGAAACCGAAGACAAGUCUGAGUCAAAAGACCAUAAAACCUACUUCUUAAAGGUCCAUGCUCCUUGGGAAGUGCUGGAGAAGUAUGCAGACAUUUUAAAAAUCAAGGUUCCCUUCAAAGAGAGUGACAUCCCACACAGCCAUGACGCCGCCAUCCACUGCCUGUCCCAUCCUUUCCGUCUCCCAGAGAGCAUCAUGAAGCCAGUGCCCGACUACUUCACCUUCCCCUUCAACAAGGACAAGACCGACUUCUUCCUCAUACGAGACAAAGACACUUUCUUUCCCCCGUCAACAAGAAACAGAAUUGUUUAUUACAUUCUGGCUCGGUGUCCAUAUUAUAAAGAAGAUAGAAAAGAAAAAGACAAGACUGGGAUAAAACGGCUCUUAAAUAAUGGCACCUACACCGCAGCUUUUCCACUUCAUGAUUCUCGAUACUGGAAAAGAGGCAGAAAUCCAGAUUGUGAAAGCGAACGAUACAACUUGUAUAAAAACUGGGCCAGGUUUCUCUGCUUUUACAAAGAGCAGCCUCUAAACCUCAUCAGAAAGUACUAUGGAGAGAAGAUUGGGAUCUACUUUGCUUGGUUGGGAUUUUACACUGAAAUGCUGUUUUUUGCAGCUGUUAUGGGAGUCAUCUGUUUUGUGUAUGGGCUCCUCAGUUAUGACGACAACAUAACCAGUAAAGAAAUAUGUGAUCCUGAUAUUGGGGGCAACAUCCUCAUGUGUCCGCUGUGUGACAAAAAGUGCCCUUUCUGGAAACUCAAUACUACGUGUUUAUCGUCUUGGCAAUCACAUCUGUUUGACAAUGAGGGGACAGUUUUCUUUGCCAUAUUUAUGGGAAUCUGGGUAACUCUGUUCUUGGAGUUCUGGAAGAGGCGUCAGUCACGGCUGGAGUACGAGUGGGACCUGGUGGACUUUGAGGAGGACCAGCAGCAGCUUCAGACCAGACCAGAGUUUGAGAUCCAGUGCACAGGACGCAGACUAAACAAGAUUACACAGGAAAUGGAGCCAUAUCUUCCGGUCACCACUCGUUGUGCUCGGUUUUGCCUCUCUGGCACUACAGUUCUUUUCUGGAUUUCCUUGAUAGUGGCGUGUAUAAUAGGAGUCAUAGCCUAUCGUCUGGCUGUGUUCGCUGCCUUUGCCAGUGUCAUCAAAGACCCCAUGAGGAAGAUCCAGUUUGUGGGCAGAUUUAUCACUCCGCAGCUCGCUACGUCUGUCACCGCCUCCUGCAUCAACUUCGUCUGCAUCAUGAUCCUCAACUUCUUCUACGAGAGGGUGGCGGUGUGGAUCACUGAUAUGGAAAUCCCAAAGACGCAUCUGGAGUAUGAGAACCGCCUCACAACUAAGAUGUUCCUGUUUCAGUUUGUCAACUACUACUCGUCCUGUUUCUAUGUGGCCUUCUUUAAGGGCAAGUUUGUGGGGUUUCCCGGACACUACACUUACAUGUUUGGUACCAGCAAACUGAGAAAUGAAGAGUGCGACCCUGGAGGCUGCUUAAUUGAGCUCACCACUCAGCUAGUCAUUGUCAUGGCGGGAAAACAAAUGUGUGGCAACAUCCAAGAGGCUCUUCUGCCGGUGAUGAGGAACUGGUGGAACAGCCGCAGGUCUCGACGUCACCCUGAGACACACUACAGCCGGUGGGAGCAGGACUACGUUCUACUAAAUUUUGGUCAACUUGGCCUUUUCUACGAGUACUUGGAGAUGGUGAUCCAGUUUGGCUUUAUCACGCUGUUUGUGGCGUCUUUCCCUUUGGCUCCACUCCUCGCCCUUUUCAACAACAUUCUGGAGAUCAGAGUGGAUGCUUGGAAAUUCACCACGCAGUUCAAACGCCCAGUGGCUACAAAAGCCAGAAACAUUGGAUCCUGGCAAGAGAUACUAAAUGCAGUGGCCAUUUUGUCAGUUGUCACCAAUGCCUUCAUCAUGGCGUUCACAUCAGACAUGAUUCCUCGGAUGGUCUACUUGUACGCUUACAGUGGGGAGAGCUCUUCUAUGAGUGGCUACAUCAACAACAGCCUGUCUGUUUAUCAAAUCUCUGAGUUAGAUGGCAUCAACAUGCCUGAGGAACGCAGUGGCUGGUUUGACAACUCCACCAAAUGCUCAUACCGGGAUUACCGAUAUCCACCAAGCCACGAGAAGGCAUACAAACACACAAUGCAGUUCUGGCACAUCCUGGCAGCCAAAAUGGCCUUCAUUAUCAUCAUGGAGCAUGUUGUGUUUGUGGUAAAGUUCUUUGUCGCCUGGAUGAUCCCGGACGUCCCCUCGGAUGUGAAAGCCCGUAUUAAAAGGGAGCGAUACCUGGUCCAAGAGUACCUCCAUAACUAUGAAGUGGAGAGACUGAAAAUUCAGCUCAGUGCCAGUUUCAUCACAGAGCCUCCAUCGGAAAUAUCGCCUUGUUCCGACAAACAUGAAAUACUGUCUGAGUGCCUGUAG